UCUCACUUAAGGAAGGUAGGGAAGGUCCCCCAAAGUAACCAAUGGCAGAUCACGACGUCACUCAGCGCAACUUGGCCCCUGAGCCCCUCCAUCGAAUCCCAUGACCCCGCUAUAACCCGCACGACGGGAGAAGCCAAGUUAAGUUCCUCAACAAACAUCCCAACAGCUCUUCUCUUUCUUACCUUCUUCUCCAAACUCGAUUCCUUCAAUAACUCCAACAACUUUCUCACUUCUUUGCCCAUCAUGUCUGAAUCUUUCCAGAAGGCCGUCGAGGACUCCAAGAAGCUUACCUCUAAGCCCAACACCGACGAUCUUCUCCGGCUCUACGGACUCUACAAGGUCGCCAACGGUGAGGACUUCUCCGCUGCUAGCGCACCCGGCAUGUUCGACCUCAAGGGCAAGGCCAAGUACAACGCCUGGAAGAAGGCUGCUGAGGAGGAAAAGCUCACCCCCGAGGCCGCUCAGGCCAAGUACGUUGAGCUGGUUGAGGAGCUCAAGGAGAAAUGCGGCUACGAUGCCAACAAGGUUCCCGAGGCCGUUGGUAACUAACCGUCCAAAUCACCACUUCGAAUAGACAAGCCUCCACGACGGAACAAGUCAAGAGCAGGAAUAUCUAAACGCAUAUGAAACCAUACAAUGUUGGAAUCAGAUCAGAUGGGAGAAGCCCUUUUGUGGUUUCCUUUUACGCUGCCUAUAGCACGCAUCGUAUUUAGCUGCCGAGAUAAAUCAUACCCUUUCGUUUUGCGUCA